UCAGUGAAGGAAGGCCUUAACGUACCACAAAACUUUUCUUCUCCUAUGACUUAAAGGAACCUGUAGACCUUCGUUUAUGGCGCAGUUCACAGUUCAAAGAGGUCUGAAGCUGCUCUUCCAUGGUGAUAGGGUGUCUUUUGGGUUCGAAGCGAAAGACCCAUUUCAUUAUAAACUUAGUGGUUUGUCAAGAUUCGUAGAAGGCCACCCAAUUCAACUCCUCGACAACAAUGUCAGGUUGUACACCUCUACUCGUGUUAGUCGUUCUAGGAACAGGAAAUCUGCCACCUCUAAUGCAGAAGUUCCUGACGACGUUUAUUAUGAAGACGGUGAGUAUGAAAAGGAUGACUUGGACUGCUUCCGAGGUUUGGUCUUGGACAUUUCUUACAGGCCAAUCAAUGUUGUCUGCUGGAGGCGUGCUAUCUGUUUGGAGUUCAUGGAGAAGGCUGAUGUUCUAGAAUAUUAUGACCAGACUGUAAACUCUCCCAAUGGAUCCUACUACAUACCAGCUGUCUUAAGGCUUCCCCAUUUACUGCAGGUUGUCAAGAGAAGAAGAGUCAAACAAAACCUUAGUCGUAAAAAUAUAUUUUAUCGGGAUAUGUUCACUUGUCAGUAAGUAAUUUACUGAAGCAUAUGGACUCUUGUGAUCAGUUUGGCAUUUGCAAAACAAAUUAAACAAAAAGUAGUUGCUUCGUUCAAAUGCAGCUGGAGGUUCUGAUUAGGUGAUUGUGCUGAUACUUGUUACACUGUAUGGUAGAAAAAUAGGAUGAAUGCAUGUGUAGAUAAGUGAUAACAAAUAAAUGGGCUGUUGUGUGGGAACUGGGAACUAUCAC